AUGUUUAAAAAUCAUGAUUUCGAGGGAAAGGUAGUGUUAAUCACGGGCUCGAGUUCGGGCAUCGGAGCCGAAGCUGUCGUAGAAUUUGCUAAACGCGGCGCUCGAGUGGUGAUCACCGGACGUAAUGGUCAGGCGUUGGCAGCGGUAGCCGAACAGUGUCACAAUGUAUCGCCUAAGGGGUCGACACCUUUACAGGUGGUGGCGGACAUCAGUAAACCUAAUGACUGCAAACGACUCAUUGAAACCACGGUCGAGGCGUUUGGAAAGUUAGAUAUAUUGGUCAAUAACGCCGGCAGUGGGGGCAUGACAUCCAUAAACAACGCUAAUAUUAUUCAGAAAUAUGAGUAUUUUAUGGACACAAACCUAAGGUCAGCCCUAUAUUUGUCUCACUUAUCGGUCGACCAUUUGGCUAAGACUAGGGGUAAUAUAAUUAACAUAUCGUCUCUCGUGGCCACUCGACCCGUAGCAAAGUCGCCAAUGUACGCCGUAUCUAAAAGGGCCAUGGAUAUGUUAACUAAGUGUAUGGCAUUAGAGUUAGCACCCAUGGGUAUCCGUGUAAACAUAAUUAGCCCGGGUGUUGUGCGAUCUAAUUUUGGCCUGGCUGCUGGUUUAUCGCGGGAACAGUAUGAGGCUAUUCAACAAAAAUCGAUCCAAUCGAUACCAUUGAGACGGGUGGGGGAACCGAUUGAUAUCGCAAACGCCAUACUAUUUAUGGCGUCAGACGAGUGUACAUACCUUACGGCCAGUAGGUUGGCAUCCGAUGGCGGCGGGCAUUGAUUAAUCAAUUUUGAUUCAGGUUUCUACUA